AUGAAGAUGGCGGCGCCUCUCGCCAGCAAGGCAGGGUCCGCCGGCACCACCAGCAAGCCUCCCUUCCCGGAGCUGGAUUUCCGAUCGGGAGCCAGGGUGGAGGAAUUAAAUAAACUCAUCCAGGAAUUCACCAAGCACGAUCAGAGGGAGUACGACGACCAGCGAGCCCUGGAGAUCCACACGGCGAAGGACUUCAUCUUCUCCAUGCUGGGCAUGGUUCAGAAACUCGACCAGAAGCUGCCUGUAGCCAACGAGUAUCUGCUGCUGUCAGGCGGCGUGAGGGAAGGUGUGGUGGACAUAGACCUCGAUGAGCUGAAUGUUUAUGCCCGGGGCACAGACUAUGACAUGGACUUCACCCUGCUGGUGCCCGCGCUGAAGCUGCACGACCGCAACCAGCCGGUCACGCUGGACAUGCGCCACUCGGCCCUGUGCCACUCCUGGCUGAGCCUGCGCCUGUUCGACGAAGGAACCAUCAGCAAAUGGAAGGACUGCUGCACGAUCGUGGACCAUAUCAAUGGAGCUACCAAUUACUUCUUCUCCCCAACAAAAGUUGCAGACUGGUUCUAUGAAUCCAUUAGCAUUGUCCUCUCUGAGAUCCAGAAAAAGCCCCAACGAGGGAUGCCAAAGGUGGAGAAGGUAGAAAAGAAUGGGACUAUCAUAUCCAUUAUUUUGGGAGUGGGCAGCAGCCGCAUGCUGUAUGACAUUGUCCCCGUGGUGUCCUUCAAAGGCUGGCCAGCCGUGGCACAGAGCUGGCUGAUGGAGAACCACUUCUGGGAUGGGAAGAUCACGGAGGAGGAGGUCAUAAGUGGGUUUUAUUUAGUGCCUGCGUGUUCCUACAAGGGGAAGAAGGACAAUGAAUGGAGGCUGUCGUUUGCCAGGAGUGAAGUGCAGCUGAAAAAGUGUAUCUCCAGCAGCCUCAUGCAAGCCUACCAGGCCUGCAAAGCCAUCAUCAUCAAGCUGCUGUCCCGCCCCAAAGCCAUUAGUCCAUAUCACCUGCGGAGCAUGAUGCUGUGGGCUUGUGACAGGCUGCCAGCCAGCUACCUGGCCCAGGAGGAUUACGCAGCCCAUUUCCUCCUGGGUCUCAUUGAUGACCUCCAGCACUGCUUGGUCAACAAGAUGUGCCCUAACUACUUCAUCCCACAGUGCAACAUGCUGGAGCACCUCUCCGAAGACACCGUCAUGCUCCAUGCGCGGAAGCUGUCCUCGGUGCGCUCCGACCCUGCCGAGCACCUCCGAACUGCCAUCGAACACGUCAAAGCAGCCAACAGGCUCACCCUGGAGCUCCAGCGGCGGGGCAGCACCACCAGCAUCCCCUCCCCACAGUCGGAUGGCGGGGACCCCAACCAGCCUGAUGACCGAUUAGCCAAAAAGUUGCAACAGCUAGUGACUGAGAACCCCGGGAAGUCCAUCUCUGUCUUCAUUAAUCCAGAUGAUGUCACAAGGCCCCACUUCAGAAUUGAUGAUAAAUUUUUCUGAGCUUUCGUCAGUGUUUCUUGGGAUUUUUAUUUGUUUUGUUUUUUAAAACUCUUGCAGUGUGCAGGUUUUUUCAUUUGUUUUUCCUGGAUGACUUAGUCUCUUGAUUUUUACAUAUCCAGCACAGAUUGGAUCUGUUGAGAACAAUCUGAAUAAAUUAUAAAUCCUGGUUCUGCAGGACGGUGCAGAUUUUGGAACAGUAUAUUACUAUUUCAUAUGCUGCUUUGGAUUUUUUCACCCACCCUGCCCCAUUGUCUGUGAGUAGUUUCUAAAUGAGGACACGCAUCGUAAACACAAGCCACAGUGUAAUGUAGGGUUUUUUUCCAAGCUUCCAUAAUUUAUGUACAUUGUUGGGCUGGGAGAAAGACAAUUCACCUUCUGUUGCUUCAGAAAUUCACUUCUUUUUCCAUGAGCUUCCAUCACCCUAAAGAAAUGAGGAGAGACUGGGUUGGAAAGCACUACUGGUAAUUUGACAAGGCCAAAUCUACUGGGUUGAAGCCCAGUUCAUCUGUUCUUCACAUUUCUGAUACUAGGGGAGAAAGCUGACUUUAAAGAUGAUGAUGUAGCUUUUUGGGGAAAGAGUUGUUUCUGUUUUGAUCUACUUUUUGAAUGUAAUUGUUCAUUAAUUGGACCUUGUACAGUCCAGAGGGUUGUUUCUGCUGCUUUUCCAUGCGGAAUAAGGUUAUGGAAUGUUAGUUUUAGUGUGUGUAAUUAUUCAAAGCCUUAUUUAAAUUCUAUUAAAGAACAUACCAUUUUAAAUGUAAUUGCACUAAUGAAAUCUCUGCCAUUACCUCA